GGUUGAAGUGAGGUGGGUCGCUGUUGUCGGGCAGAAGAAGAAGAAGAAGAAGCGCGACGGGUUUUCGUUGACUGUCUCCGACCAAUUUAUUCGUUUUAAUUGUUUUAGAUAUGGAUAUCAACAAGCCCAGGGGCAGCAACCUUGCCUCACCGACCCAGAAGUUGUCCAAUGGAUACACUCUGCCUGUGGGAAAACUGACUCCCAACGCUCUCUUUGUUGGUGGGAUAGACAUGAAGGUGGAUCAAAAUGAAAUACGGGACUUCUUUGCGAGAUAUGGUACUGUCAGGGAAGUACGAAUUAUCACUUACCGUGGAGGAAUCUGCAAAGGGUAUGGCUUUGUGUACUUCAAUGAAGAUGUCAAUAUUCAGUCAAUCAUUGAGCAACAGAUCACUUUUAAUGGACGAAAACUCAAGCUGGGCCCUGCAAUCAUGAAAGAAAGGAGCUCACGGUCAAUGCCUUCUCGUCUUUUUGGCCCAGCUCCUCCAAUGAGCCCCACCCAGUACUUCUACUGUGCCUGUUGCUCACCCAUAGGUGGUGGUAUGGCACAACCUUCGCCCAUCAUUACUGGCGGCAACCCGUACAAUCCGCCGUACACCUACCCCAACUUUGGAGGGGUGGUAAUGCCACAGAUGCCAAUGAACUAUGCACAGAACGUCUACACCUACCAGUACCCUACAACUCAAUGGACGGCGGACCAGAGAACGCAGCCUGUCAAUCAGAGCUUUGUGGACUGUGGAGUCCAGACUAUGUUGACUGUCCUGUAGUCCAGAACUAAUGUGCCUCCUGCCAGGUGACGGUUGCUAUGGUAUAGACAGAAAUCUUGGUGCUCCACCAACUCCUCCGAUCAUUUUCAGUGCGCCCCUCCUCUGACCUCUCUUCCUUCGAUAUCUGAGACCCAUUUUAACACCAGACUGCUGGAACUCUCCACUUAAACCGUACUAGUUUGAUCACAGUCACUUUGACCACUGUCGGUAAGGUUGACCUGUGGUAAUCGGCUUUUUAACCCACACGGAUCACUGUAACAACUGCACUGGAAGAGCGAAGAAAUCUCACUGCACCAGCUGAUUGUUUUUUUUCCCCCCUUUUGUUAAUUUUUCCCAAACAAAAAAUGGAAAAAAGACUUUUAAAAUCACCGUUUGUGCCUAUUUAUAUUUUACGUUAUAUUAUUUAUUUUGUGUUUUCCUUUUAAUGUGUGUUUGUUAAGGGUUUUUUCCAUCCUCUACAAGGGCUCUCUGUAUAUAAAAGCUAUGCUUAUGUAUAUCAUAACAAUGUCUUGAUAACAAUCUGGUUGUUUUGAGCAUUGAAAUGUUUCUUUAGUUCAGUUUUGGGCCCAAUGCUCAUUACUUAUUUUCAUUGACUUCAUUACUACAGCAUAAGGGCACUUGAUUAAUCUUAUUAAUUGGUCAUUAAUUUUAAGCACUCAUGUUAAUUUUGCGGUUGGUUAUAUUUCGUUGGUGUGGUAAAUGAAAGCUGCCUCUUUAGUGUUCACUAAUUUCUUGUCUUUUUUCCAAACACCAGACCUUUUACAGUUAGUUCCACAGAGCAUUUGGCCCAUCGCGCGUCACAUUCCCACUCUUUCUUGAGUGGUUCCAGGGCUUGACUCUCAAGGACAAUCACGGCAUCAAUUUUGUUUCCAGUUACUCAUCAAUUAACUUUUAUACAGAAGUCCACAUUGAAAAUGAAUGACAUGGUUUUAAAGUAAAGUGAUCUAUAACAUCGGGGUUAAAAGGUUCACAGUACACGGUUCACUUUGUGCAGAGACAGAUUGUGGGUUUUAAUUUAGUCUCCGGUGAUUUUACUGGAAGUAUUUUACUGAUAUAGCAUGCGUGAUCAAUACUUUUUUUUAAAAUGUAUAUUCUGUUAGCGCACUCAACGUCUCCAGUUUAAUUUUAGUAGCAGCUUUGCAUGGAUGGAGAUGCACACUUGGUGUAUGUUGCACAUCACUCACUUUUCUUUUCAUUUGACCCACUUCUGUGUAGUUUUAUGUGUGUUUACUUGAGGAUCUCCUGUGUGCUGACAGAUCUGAUAGCAUUGGUAAGUUGCUUUGUUCAGAGAGCCUGAGCACCACGCUUGUUAGUUAGGUUUUGGUUUUUCGUGUUCUUGCAGGGUUCAGAUGUUGUUGUUGUUUGAAAAUAAAAAUUUAAAUGUGUUGUCAUUGAA